AUGAAUAUGGAUCGCUAUCUUCAGAUGCCCGAAAAUUACGUGUGGUCCACGUUGACUGGUUGUGGUAACAUUGCUGACCAGAUAUUCGUACAGGAUAGUGCACCACACUAUUUUUCUCUUACUGUGCGUGCGUGGUUAGACAAGCAUUUUCCAGGGCGUUGGAUGGGACGACGCGGACCUCAUGAACGACCUCCAAGAAGUCCAGAUCUCACUCCAUGUGAUUUUUACCGUUGGGGUUACACAAUAGAAGAGUUUUACAAAACACAAUCUCGAACACUGGAGGACUCGGAGACACGCACUCAGGACUUUCUCAGUGAUAUCUCAGACGAUAUCAUGCAGAAGGUUGUUCAUUCCAUCCCUGACCGUUUGAGAAAACUGGUUAACGCCACCGGUGCUUACGUUGAAAUAUGA